AUGGCGCGCUUAAAAUCUUUCUUUGGAUCAGAUCUGAAAACAGGCAGUAUUAUUAUCGGAUAUGUUUCGUUAUUUGCCAAUCUUCUCUACCUCAUUUUGGACAUUGAAGCGGUUUUAGUGUUUGUUCUGGAACAAUCAAAUGAAAAACGUGAAUUAUUUGGAUCAUUCAUCAAUGAACUUAAUGCAUCAUCUGUCGCUUUCCCGAUCAUUCUCUUUGCAUUGGUUGCAUCGUUGUAUGGCGUUAUCGCAUCAUUGCUUUUAAUAUGCGGCGUUUGUACUGCAAACCGAAAACGAGUUUUAUGGUGGCUUAUAUACCAACCGAUUGCUAUCCUAACAUUACUCUUCUAUGUUGCGCUACAUGUUUAUUUCUUUAUCGUCAUCAUCGAAUACUAUUUGCAACUGAAAGCUCUUGACCCCGAAGUAUCUGUAGAAGAGCCCGAAAUUAAAGUCGUGAAGGAAGAAGAACUUCAAUUAAUCGAAACCCAAAAGGUUAAAACUACUGACGAAACUGACAAAUCAGAGGAUAAGCUCGCUGAAGAAGAAAAUACAAAGGAAACAAGUACAAAGGAAGAAGGAAAAACAAGCAAGAUACGUUGUCCCGAGCUUCCAAAAUGCCCAUCUCUUAAAUGUCCUUCUUGGGGCAACUGUGUAGGACCUGACAAUUUUGAAUAA